AUGAACAAAUUCUCUUUCUAUCUGAUCGUUGUCUGGUAUUUUUCAACUAUUCAUUCAAGUCAUUUUUAUGGAGGAACAGUCACUUGGAGACCAAUAAAUAAUACUGACUUUGGCUCAAUGAUUCGUAUAAUGUUCACACAAUCUUAUCAAUGGCAGCAAACAAAUACACAAUGUGAUCAAACUUUUAUUGGAAAUCAAACACGAAAAAUUCCUAGUGACAUUGGUACACUUGAAUGUGCAACUAAUUUAUCUUCAUGUGAAAAUUAUACAGCAUUAGAUGUGAAUGGAUAUUGUACUGAUUAUAGCAAAAUUAUGGAUACAAGUUCGAGUCAAAUAUCAAAUAUUGAAACUAUUGCAUUGGAUUUGAAAUUUUGUGUAGCCUAUCAAAAUUUAACAUGGCCAGGCAUUAUUUCAUCUGUUUAUGGUGUUGAUCAGUAUCUGGAUAAUGCAACAUGGUCACUUGGUUGUUGUGUUGAUUUAACAAUACGAGAUGAUGGUUUUAUUAAUACAGCACCAGUCGCAGCAGUUGUUUCACCUAUUUAUGUACUAUCUAAUACGAUAAGUACUAUUAGUAUUCCUGUUGCAGAUGCCGAUGGUGAUAUUUUACGUUGUCGUUGGGCAAGUAAUGAUUCAAUAUUUGAUGAAUGUGGUGAUAUUUGUGGAGAAAUUCCCGGAAGUAUACUUUAUGAAGAAAAUUGUACACUUGUCUUUGACAGUACAGGAAAAUCUUCCGGAGAUUAUUAUGCUAUAGCAUUGAUGGUUGAAGAUUUUUAUAAUGAUUCAAAUAGUACAGCAUUAAGUAGUAUUUCUAUACAAUUUUUAAUUCAUAUUAUUAAUGAAUCAUCAUGUGAUUUCAAACCAAUCAUUGCUUUAAAUUCAUCAAUAAAUUCAACUUUAGAAGUUGGAACAAACUACUCAUUUACUUUUACAAUCAGCACAAACUGUUCCAAUGUAUCGAUUGUUGAUUAUUUUCGAUCUCCUUUAUUAAAUGUGAUUAAAAGUAAUUUAACAUUUGAUUCAAUUGAUGACGUUUGGACUAUUACUGAAAUAUGGAUGCCAACAGUAGAACAAAUUGGUUUACAGAUUUAUUGUGCUGUAGCAAUUGAUAGUGUUUCAAUUCAAUCAGAUUUCUAUUGUUUAACAUUUAUUGUAAAUUCAACUUAUGGAGGAGACGAAGAUGGUGGAUACGGUUUGAUUAGUACUGCCACAACUGAUAAAACAGCAACAACUUCUACUGCAACAACAUCGACAUCGACCACUGCAACUAGUUCAACAAGCACAUCAAGCACAUCGACCACUGCAACUAGUUCAACAAGCACAUCAAGCACAUCGACCACUGCAACUACUUCAACAAGCACAUCAAGCACAUCGACCACUGCAACUACUUCAACAAGCACAUCAAGCACAUCGACCACUGCAACUACUUCAACAAGCACAUCAAGCACAUCGACAACCAGUUCAAGCAGUACGUCAGGUACAUCAACUUCAUCAACAAGUACUUCUACAACGUCGACAACGUCUACCUCAACAACGACAACAGCAACCUCGACUACAACCACUUCAGAAACAACUAUAACAACAACUACAACUCAAGAGCCUGCAACUAUUAUAGUACUCAUUUCAACGAAAGAUAACUCCGGAUUAUUAGGACUAGGAUUGGGACUUGGUUUACCUCUUGGCUUAGCAUUUAUAGCUUUAACUGUAUAUGGUUUGUAUCGUGGACCAGCUGCACUGCUAGGGUAUGAAAUUAUUCUGUUAGAUCGUUUUCUACAACCGUUCAAUUCGCAUUAUAAAUUUUUCAAUCGCCCAACCAGUUCAAUUAAUCAAGUCGGUUCGGUUCAAGAAUUUACAGAUACUAUUAAUUCCGGAUAUCAUCAUGAAGAAACUAAUGAAAUUAUAAGAAAGAAACAGAUCAAUAUUCAAAAUCAAAAUCUUAACAAUUCACAAUCAUCACCGAUCGACAGUCAAACCAACACUCCUAGUCAUACGAAUCCACCAUCAAACAAACAAACAUCAUUAUCAACAAAGGAACUAUUACUUCCAAAAGGAAACUCUUUCGCUACUGUCUCAAUAUCUGAUUUUGAGCUUAAUAAUUUGGAUAAAACGCCACCAUCAUCAUCACCAAUUCAGCCUUUACUUCCACCGCCAUUAUCUUCUCCAUCUUCAUUAGUCAAUGAAACUGUUCGACAAACGCAAACAGUUCCAUUGAAAGCGAAUUUCACACAAUCAAAUGGCUCUGUUCUUCUCAAUGCUUAUUCUGAUCAAGAAAAAGACAAAUUCACUACUAUUCAUGAACUCAUUUAA